GACAAAUAUAUCGAGAGACGCAAUUUAUGCUUGUGCUGAUAUUUUAGUUGGUUAAUACAUUCAGUAUCAGUAACCUAUUUGGUAAACAAUUUGUGCUACAAUAUAUAGUUAUAUCUGCAACUAUGAAAUUCCAGUAUAAAGAAGAACAUCCAUUUGAAAAACGAAAGGCCGAGGGAGAUAAAAUAAGACGCAAAUAUCCUGAUCGUGUACCUGUUAUCGUGGAAAAGGCUCCAAAGGCACGCAUCGGGGAUUUGGACAAGAAAAAAUAUCUGGUCCCAUCUGAUCUUACUGUUGGGCAGUUCUAUUUUCUCAUUCGUAAACGUAUUCAUCUUAGAUCAGAGGAUGCCUUGUUUUUCUUUGUAAAUAAUGUAAUUCCACCAACGUCUGCAACUAUGGGAUCUCUUUAUCAGGAACACCACGAGGAAGAUUAUUUUCUUUACAUUGCCUAUUCGGACGAAAACGUUUAUGGUGACAAUUAGACAAAUGUGAUAUGUAUUUGCUGGAUAAAUAUUUAAUCUAAUCAUAAAUUUUCACUUCACUGCUGUUUAAGUUCCAAUUUUACUCUUUCUAGUGAACGCUAUGAACCUUCAUUUAUUCGUCAGUAGUAAAGAAUUUAUUAUUGUAUGUUUCCGUAUAAUUUGAAACAUAACUGAUCUGUAUGUCUGGAUACCAACAAAUAUUUUUUCUAGUAGAAAUGCAGUGAAUUUAUUGAUUGUUCUUGUAAUAUAUAAUUUUGCCAAUCAGCUUCAGCUAAAAUUUCGUAAUUAUUCAUGUAGGUAAAUUAAAAAUUUUAUUGAAUUGGAAUAUAUGUUUGCCAAGCUUUUUUUUACAAUUCAUAUGAUUUGUACAAUGGUUAGUCUGAAGUUGUAGUUAAGAGGAUCGUCAGUUUACUCUUGAAAAAAUUCAGUAGGACCGUAGCAUGUGAAUUGCACACUGAGAACACGUUUCGUCUCAUGACAAAUUCAACGAUGGAGUUCCACAUUCAGAAUCCAAGAGUUGCUUUUUUAUUGCAGUAAGAUGUUUCAUUCAAUUUCAAUACAAUGUUUAUAUAUUCAAAAUACUGACGAAAGUCUAAAUAAUAAAACCCUAUAUCCACUGGCGUACAAUUAACAUAA